CCACAUUGUGCUCGUGUCUCUCACAGAUUCAGCAACCCUAAGCGUUAGAACGGCCAUGUCGAAACGCAGGCUCUCGCCAGAACCCCUGCCACAUCCCAAGCGACACAAUGUCAACGGCACACCAUCUUCAGCGGAGCGACGCAUUCUCGUCACGUUCGAGAGCUCGCUCUACGACGAACUCCUGCUCUUCAUCUUUUCCUUAGUCGACAGCCGUGAUCUCUGUGCGCUCCAGGCAACGAAUAGACAUUGCUCAAGGCUGGCGCGCGAUAAUCAGCUGUGGAAGGCGCUGUACUUAAAGGAGUAUGGGCGAGCACGGCUGAGAGGCGGAAGAGGUUUCUUUGGUAGGGCUGAUGGCCGGGAGAUCAAGCCGCUGCCACAGCGAGCUUUGGCUGGCCCCUCGGAUGUAGAAGACUACAAGGAUUGGAAGUGGAUGUAUCGAAUUAGCUCGAACUGGCGCACAGGACGUUGCUCUCUGGAGAAUGUGGACUCCUCGUACCCUCCACCCGGCCCUUCCUCGCCGUCACAUACUGGUAUUUCACGGUCACCUCGUCGCGAUAAGACUCUUGUCCUCCUAGCGGGCAACGCCACUAUCAUCGCGGAGCCCGAGGCAUCCAUACAGCCGACCAUAUCCGUUCGUAGUGCAUCUGGCGAUGCUCUUACAUUGAUAUGCAAAUCGACUUUGCACGACGAACCCAUAUGCAUCACCGCCCUCGCCAUCGACCAGUCCUCACGUACAACCGAGAUGCGCCUCGCUGCCUUCCUCUCCACCGGCGAAUUUAGCGUCUUCACGCUGCCCCUCUCUUCCUCGUCUUCAUCUUCUCCAUCGACGCUCACCAUCCUCUCACCCAAGCUCACCUACAUCCCCACCUCGCGUCGCCGCUCCAGCUCACCCGUCUCACACGCGGCAUACCACCACCCGUUGCUGCUGACGCUCUCGCAUGGGGAGAACUUUACGCUCGCAGUAUACGACAUGGCGCUCAUGGCACGAGGCAAGAUUGACUGCUGCCAGACGCUGACCUCGUUCACGAGUUACCCGCCAACGUCGCUCGUGCUCUCCGUGCUACCAAGUCUGGGGAAGGAGACGUACAAGGCUGUCGUGACGUGCGCAGUGCCUGUAUACCCCAGCCAUUGGAGUGUUGGAGCCACAGAGUUGAUUGUUGCGAGGGCCGGGGAUGGGACUGCUAGUGGUUCCUCUGGAGGUGGUCAGAAAUUCGACGAGAACGAGUCCCUGGCUUCUUUGACUGAAACGGCGGAAGACGUGGUUAGUGGGCCGUUUGAGGUGAAGAGUACGCGCACGGCGCGAGCAAGCGAUGUCCCCCAGGGAUGGAUCGAAGAACGGGUUAUGAGUGCGAUGCGCGCUCAGUACUCGCGCAAGGUCGAGUCCGUUGCCGAUACGCAGACGGAUGGCAAAUGGGUCGUGCUCGCGCCCGGCGAGGCGCUUCCCACUGUCCAUGCUCACGCUUCUACAUCUGCAUCCAACAACCGCACCCCUGUGUCAUCGGACGACCCCUCGACAUCCGAAGAAGAGCCCUCAUCCCCGUCAAGCUCAUCGCAUUCCCCGUCUACCUCGCAUAGCUCGUAUAUCUCACCACCGCACCACUCCUCAACCUCCUUGCAGCUGUACAGAUUGUCCAUGCCCCCUCUCUCCUCGUCUUUUUCUUCCCCAGCUUCAUCCUCAACGGGGCUCAGCCCGCGCAGCACAUCCGCACACCCGCCCAAGCUCACCUUCGUGCGCACGCUCCGGGGUCCCGUGGGCCCCGUCUCGGCGCUGGCGCUCGCAGACGGACGGUGCGUCGCGCUCGGUGCGCGCGGUGGGAUAUGGGUGUGGGACCUGGAGAACGGUGGAAGUGGUGGUGGGCGGGCGGCUAGUCCUGAUGCCGAAGGUGUGGGAGUUGCGCAAUCCAUCGAGGAUGCACAGUUUGUAGGGAUUGCAGGCAGAGGAGGUGGAGUUGGAGGGACGGUCGCGUUCGAUGAGCGGACGAUUCUGAGUGCGGGGCCGAGGGGCGUGGAGGUGCGGCGGUUUGAUGUUUAGGUGGUUUCGCUUUACUCAGAUGUGGUAUGUAUUGUUAAUUUAAAGGUUGAAAUUUAAAG